AUGACAUCCCGCCGCAACUUCCAUCGCAUUUGUAAGGAUUGUCAGCUGAAGAAGCUGAGAGUGGGUUUGCUUAAAUCGGGAAUAAAUCGAGUGACUCGGUCAGCAACAGCACGCGCCAUUUUAAUGUCGGGACCCAGCACGCUUAAAAUAUCAAAUUAUUGUUUGAUGGCUGCACGCUGCGCAAUCACCGAUCUAAUGAGACCGGAGGGUUGUCCUGGUGUCUAA